AAUUGAUUUUUGUUUUCGUUCGCCAGUAUCAGCGUUUGGUUGUUACUACCAAACCCGGUCAUUUACAAAUAAAAAAAGCAAAAAAACUUCGACUCACAGUGUGUUUAAGUGUAUUAAAGCCCAAGAUGAAAGUCACCUUGGUUUUAGCUGCAUUCUGUGUGGCAGCAACAUAUGCUGAACCUGCCAUUAGUCAAGCCAGAACUACUACCACCACCUCCACUAAACCCGGUAGAUUUUUAUCACUGCCCGUACCCGCCAAAUGUGCCAGCCGUCCCAAGGAAUUCUCUUACCGUGGCAAGAACAUGUUCUUGAGUUCUCAUGUUCCCGCUUUGGCCAACAAGAAAGUCGAUUGGUUAGAUGGUCGUAACUUGUGCCGUGAAUACUGUAUGGACUUGGUUGCCUUGGAAACCCAAGAAAAGAACAAUCUAAUCUUCCGUGUUAUCCAACAAAAUGAUGUUCCUUAUAUCUGGACUGCUGGUCGUAUCUGCGAUUUCAAUGGUUGUGAAAACCGUCCCGAUUUGGAACCCAAAAACAUUUAUGGUUGGUUCUGGUCUGCAACUCGCGAGAAGAUCCAAGCCACCAACCGCAUUCCUCAAGGUUGGGGCUACAAUCCUUGGUCUCAAACUGGUCACAAGAAGCGUCCUCAACCCGAUAACGCUGAAUACGACAUCAAUCAAACCAAGGAACAAUGUUUGUCUGUCUUGAACAACGUCUACAAUGACGGUAUUGCCUGGCAUGAUGUUGCCUGUUAUCACGAAAAGCCUUUCAUCUGUGAAGAUAACGAUGAAUUGUUACGUUAUGUUGCUGCUACCAACCCUGGUAUUCGUCUUUAAAUUUAUUUACGUUUUACAGGAGCAGAAGUUUAUUUUUAUUUUAUUUUUUGUUUUUAUUUUUUUAUUUUAUAAAGAAAACAAAAUAGACUUUAGAAUUUAUAAAACAAAGAAAAAAAACACAAAAUUUUUUUACUAUUUCUUACACUAAUCACUCACUAUUUUUUCUAUUUGUUUGCAAAAUUCUCCAAAUACAUUUACUUUUUCGAUUCAACUGCCACUUUAUAGAAAAAAUAUGAGUUAAAACGAAGGCUCUAUGUUUUACAUAAUUGUAUUAUUAUAAGCAAGCUAAACUUUUUUAUUUGUUGUAAAAUAUUUAUUAGUUCAAUACUCUAUAGAUGAAACAAAACGAUAAUUCUAUAAUUUUCUCACAGAUUUAGUUAUUUUUCUCCAAAAGAAAAUAUUGUCUUUUUUUUACUUUUUAUUGUAACUGUUUGAAAUU